CAAAUGCCAGGAAACAACUACCUCGAUCCAAAGUCUGCCCUUGAGCACCUCAAAACAUACAGUCGCAGCGAUGGGCUCUCCGUCGCAGAGCUUAUCGACUCGAGAGUCCAUGGUGGGCUGACUUAUAACGACUUCCUUCUUCUCCCUGGAAAAAUCGACUUCCCUGCCUCUGAUGUCCUCACAGAGAGCCGCAUCACGCGAAAUGUCGUCCUUAAAACUCCCUUCAUGAGUAGUCCGAUGGACACCGUCACUGAAGGCGAUAUGGCGAUUGCAAUGGCUCUCCUUGGUGGAAUCGGUGUCAUUCACCACAAUCAAUCGCCUGAAUCCCAAGCGGCUAUGGUCCGGGCUGUCAAGCGUCACGAGAACGGAUUUAUAACAGACCCUAUUGUGCUAUCGCCAACCCAUCUGGUCGAAGAUGUCCUUGAUAUCAAAGCGAGGCUCGGAUUCUGUGGAAUUCCCAUCACGGACUCCGGUGUCCUAGGCGGUAAACUAGUCGGCAUAGUCACGGCGCGUGAUAUUCAAUUUCGCGACCCCGCGACUCCAUUAUCCCAGGUCAUGACCACCGACCUCGUCACCGCUGAACAAGGCAUCACAUUAAACCAAGCCAACGACAUUUUACGAGACUCAAAAAAAGGAAAACUUCCUAUCAUCAAUUCCAACGGCGCCCUCAUCUCCCUUCUUGCACGUUCUGAUCUUCUCAAAAAUCAGUCCUACCCCCUUGCAUCUAAAAAUCCUGAGAGCAAGCAGCUGUACGCUGCCGCUGCUAUUGGCACCCGUCCGUCCGAUCGGGAGCGUCUAGCGGCCCUCGUCGACGCGGGUCUGGAUAUCGUAAUUCUCGAUUCCUCUCAGGGUAACUCUGUUUUCCAGAUCGACAUGAUUCACUGGAUCAAGUCGACAUAUCCUCACCUCGAAGUAAUCGCUGGGAAUGUUGUCACCCGUGAGCAAGCUGCAUCUCUCAUUGCAGCUGGUGCGGAUGGCCUUCGCGUUGGCAUGGGUUCGGGCUCAAUUUGUAUCACGCAGGAAGUCAUGGCUGUAGGACGUCCACAGGCAACCGCCGUGUACGCCGUCGCAGAGUUUGCCAGCAAGUUUGGUGUGCCCGUGAUUGCGGAUGGAGGUAUUGGCAAUGUUGGGCAUAUCGUCAAAGCUCUUGCACUUGGUGCGGGCGCAGUGAUGAUGGGUGGAUUGCUUGCUGGGACUGAGGAAGCACCUGGAGAUUACUUCUACCACGAAGGGAAACGGGUGAAGGCCUACCGAGGAAUGGGCAGUCUCGAGGCGAUGGAGCAAGGUAAAGCUAACGCCGCGACAUCCCGCUACUUCUCUGAAAGUAGCGCUGUCAAGGUAGCACAAGGCGUCUCCGGAGACGUACAAGAUAAGGGGAGCGUGAAGGCCUUCCUACCAUACCUUUAUGUUGGUGUACAGCACUCACUUCAAGAUGUCGGUGUCAAAAGUAUCAAUCAAUUGCAAAGCGGUGUCAAGGCGGGCGAUGUGCGGUUUGAGCUCAGGACUGCAAGUGCUCAAGUCGAGGGUGGUGUGCAUGGACUGAACUCAUACACCAAGAGGUUGUUCGCUUGAACGCUUGUAUAUCGACAGUAUCCCUUUUACAUAUAUCUUCAUGGCAAACGGAGGUUUUGGAUUAGGAUUGUAUAACAGGACAGCGUAAUGGACGAAUAAAAACAAUGUGCAAGUCGAAAGCUGGGAAAACGACGAAGAAUUAUAAUCAAACUUUUGUG